AUGUCAAGUUGGGUUAUGCUAGAUGGCAAAGGAGGCUUUGUCCCGUUGCCAUCAGAAAGGAUCAUCCACAGGUCAACACCAAGAAUUAGUCUCGCUAUCACCACACCAUCGACAUAUCCGGGAAACAAUCCUUUGGCAAUCCAUUGCAGCUCUGGCACCGUCUAUCUGACCAAUCAGAGGAUAGUGUAUCUACCGGAGAAAUCUACCCCGGAGUUCAAGUCCUUCUCCGCACCGCUUCUCAAUCUGCACGACACGCACCUUACCGUUCCAUGGUUUGGUCCGAAUGCAUGGCAGGCGAUCCUCCAGCCGGUUCCCGGCGGCAACAUCCCGGCAACGCAAGCUGCCGUUGAACUUAAGUUGACAUUCAAGGAAGGCGGAGCACCCGAUUUUCAUUCAACUUUUGAGCAGAUUAAAGAACGACUUCAGCAAGUCGUGUCCGCGGCGAGAGAGAGCAACGUCACGGGCUCGCGCCAAGAUAACUUCUUGGGCAACGUGAACCUGGACAAUGUCCAUCUUGACCAGUUGCCCUCAUAUCACGAAUCUGGGCAAGAUCGAAUAGCUCCGAACGAAUCCAGUGCGACCGGUGAGGAUGUGGGUUCCCCUGCUGUGGUGAGUCGUCGCGCGGCUCCCGAACUGAGGAGAGAGGGACCACCGGCACACGAAUCCCAGGCCCCGAGCGAUGCCCCCCCUGGAUACGAAGAGACACAGCAGCAGAGCAUCCAGGCUGAGUUGGAUCGGAGGUUAUCACUGACUCGGGACUAA